AGAAAAAUUGAUGUAAUAAAACUAUAGAAGGUUGAUGCUGAUCUUUUUGUUCCUAUUGUAAUCGGUGAAGGAAAACAGAGGACUGCUUUGGAAUCAUUACACAGUUUAGCAGCUGAGAAAGAUGCAGUCAGUGAAGGAGAAGAUUAGCAACAUGGCCGGUAGCGCCAAGGAACACAUGAACAUCGGCAAAGCUAAAGUUGAAGAGGAUCAGAUGGAGAAAGCUGCGGCUAGGACAGCAGAAGAAAAGAGGUUGGCUACUGAGAGUAAGAAAGCCAAGGAAGCUCGAGCAAAGAUGGAGCUGCAACAGGAUAAGGUCAGGCACGCGAAGGAGAGAUUGAGGUCUAAACAACCGCAAUAUCUCCAUGGCUAUGGCUACGACCAUGCGCCACCAGUCUCAGGCACUCAUGGACAACAGACUGUCGGAAGUGCAGCUCCAGUGGGUGGAACUAAUGUUCCUACCUAUCCUCUUGUAGGGCAUCCCCAACCUCAUGGCCAUAAGAUGGGUUAAUAAGGUUGUCAUGGGACAGCUUACACACAAAACGGAGUGUUUUGUCACUUGUGUGCUUUACUCCUUUUAGUUUUGUUUGUAGUUAUAAGAAUGUGUUUUUUCUUUAAGCUUGUUCUUGUCCAUGCUGAAAUAGUAAUUCAAACCACUCUCUUUAUCUUA